AUGUUUGCCAAAGCCUUUCUCUAUAUCAAACUGCUUGGCUUCGGUCUGUCUGCCUCUUUUGAGAGAUUAUGUAUCUAUAUAUCCACAUAUAUCCACCGAUUGAGGUACAAAUCCGUACCUGACCCGCGCAACAUCGUGAUCAUAGGCGGCUCCUUCGCUGGGUAUUUUCUCGCCAAGCGACUCGCCGAGUCCGUUCCCACGGGGUACAGAGUGGUCUUGAUCGAUAAACAUUCCCAUUUCCACUUUACGUGGAAUUUCCCUCGCGCCACGGUCCUCGCGGGCCAGGAGCACAAUGCCAUCAUCCCGUAUCCGGACCAGGGCCCACGCAGCGUUCCAGUCGGAGCCUACGUGUUCAAGCAGGGCUCUGUCGUCGCGAUCGAGCCCGGCAAGGUCAUUCUGCAGGAUGGAACAGAGAUUGCGUACGAGUAUCUCGCCGUAGCGACCGGAUCGCGAUCGCGGUAUCCAGCGAGGCUCGACAAGGACGGCGACGGCGACGACAAGGCGAACUGUGUGAGAUUCUUCCAGGAGGAGCAGCAGCGCAUCGUGGCCGCCAAGGACAUUGUCAUCGUGGGCGGUGGUGCCGCGGGCGUCGAAGUCGCCUCGGACAUCAAGAGCAAGUAUCCGCAGAAAAGCGUCACGCUGGUGCAUUCCCGCGAAAAUCUGCUCAACAACUUCGGCGCCGAACUCCACGACAUUGCGAAGAAGGCGCUCGAAGAGCUCGGCAUCAAGCUGUACCUGGGCGACCGGGUGAUCGCGGGCUUGGAGGGGGAUGAUUCCAAGCAGAUCAAGCUUCGCAGCGGCAAUACCAUCCAGUGUGAUCUAGUGAUCCAAUGCACGGGGCAAGCGCCCAACUCGGCGCUCCUGAAGAGCUUCUCUCCAAAGUCUGUGUCCCCGUCCGGCUCGAUCCUGGUAGAGAAGACGCUGCAGAUCCGAGACGCGCCCCGCAACAUGUUCGCCCUGGGCGACGUGAUCGACCUGCCCGGUCCGAAGAUGGGCCGCCCAGCCUCGAUGCAAGGGUUCCUGGUCGCGGAGAACAUUGUGCGGACAAUUCGAGCGGAUCAGAAGAACAGGAAGAGGAGGAAUGCGACAGAUGCAGACACCAAUAAGACGACGAACGGAGACGCUUCGUCGCCGGCGGUCAAGUUGAAGGAGUAUACGCCGACAAUGGUCGAUUCAUCCAUCGAAUUGACAUUGGGUCUGGGCAAGAGCGUCAUGUUCAUCAGCGACGGCCACAAGAACACGUCGAUCUCGCGCAAGAUGCCCGACGACGCUCUGCACGCGGCCCAGAUGUGGAAGAUCAUGGAUGCCACGCCGUACGACGACCCGAGCGACAAAAACGUGAAUCAGAAGGGUGCGGCGACAAGUACAACUACACCGACAACUGCUACUGCUGCUGCUCCUGCCGCAUCGUCGUCGCUGUCGUUGUCGUCACAAACAGCCGAACUUUCCCCCGCUGCUGCUGCCACUGCCGCCGCCGCCGCUGCGGCCGGUGUCGCUGGUGUUGGCGUCCCUGUUGCCGCAAAGAUGUAG